AUGUAUCCAGUCUGGAAAGAUGAAGAUCCUCGGUACAAAGACUCUUGGAAAGGUGGCAAGGUGAAGUUCAUUGUGGGUAAUGAUGCACCGACCCUGACUGGAGCCAAUGUGACCUUUACCAUCGAGCUGCAGUUCCCACAGAACCAGAAGGUCACGCCCGAUGGAGAGGUGGUGUGGGCUGAGAACUGCACCGUCAAUGGUAAGUCCUCCUCCAGGACUGACUGGGUUUUGCAUGUAAUAAGCCAUUUUCUUUGCUUUACAGGUCAGUACUGGCAAGUGUCUGAUGGCACAUCCUCCUCCCUCACCAUUGGGACAGACGAUGUCCCUCUGGGUUCCUACAUCGUGGACAUUGUAAUCUACCACUACCGCAGCCAUGAGAAGUUCAUCCCUCUGGGAUACGCCUCAACACAGUUCUCCAUCACUGAUUAGUAUCAAAUCCCCUUCGCAGUCUCGAUGACCCAAGUGAACGACAUCAACGAGGCAGACCUGAGCUUCGUCCAGAACAGAGCCAUAGCCUUCACCAUCAGCCUCCACGACCCCAGCGAGUACCUGAGUGACGCCGACAUCACCUACGACUGGGACUUUGGUGACAGCAGCGGGGCGCUCAUCUCCAGAGAGCUGACUGUCACCCACACCUAUAUAGUGGCUGGUGGCUUCAAGCCCCAGGUGGUUGUACAGGCCGUUAUCCCUGAUAAAGCAUGUGCCACACCAGCUGGUGUCAAACCCACUGGUAAUGCUGUCACCAUCGGGCCUGCAAACCCGGCCGGCACAACAGGUCAUUCUCAUCUUGAGCGCUUUAGUCCAGAAGCUAUGCCAGGAUUGACAAAGCAAAUAGAACAUUUAAUCGUCCUGUUUCUACCUCUAGUGAGAGCUCCUGCUGCUGAUGCGUCAGCUGCUCCAGUGAUGGUGGCCACACAGGAAGCUACAAUAAAUGUAGGCCCAUCAGCUCCCGCUGAGACUGACACAGAGGACAUCACUGAGGAGGGAGCCUCCACCGCUCGGGACACGAAGAUACCUUCUCAAGUUAAUCCUGACACUCCAACUGGCCCUGCUGCUGAGGAAUUAGAGCCAGCAGGACAGACUGCUACAGGCCAAGCUCCUGUGGGGAUAGUUGUUAAGCAUGAAGCCAAUGACAAAAAGGAUGAUGACUGUGUGAUCUAUCGCUAUGGGUCCUUCUGCACUGGCAUUGACAUCGUUGAGGGCAUUGAGAGUUUGAAGAUAGUGCAAGUGGACAAUGCUGUGAUCAAGAUGGAUGAAUCUGAGGUUGAACGAAACGUAGUGGAUCUAACUGUCACCUGCCAAGGGAGCCUUCCCACAGAGGUGUGCACGGUGGUUUCCGAUGCAGACUGUUUUAUGCCCAUCCACACCAUGUGUAACACAGUGGCCCCCUCUUCUGAGUGCCAGCUGGUACUGCGUCACUUUUUCAAUGACUCCGGCAUCUUCUGUAUCAACGUGUCCAUGACCAACGAUGUCAGUCUGGCAGUCACCAGCGCCAAAUUUAGCGUGACCGUGGGUUCCAGUCUGUCCUCAGCGGGCACUGUAGCCAUGGCGAUGGUGGUCCUGAUCGUUGCCCUGGUCGCAGGAACCAUGGCCUACACUUACAAACGGUUCAAAGCCUACCUUCCUCUGAAGGAGGAGUCUGUGGUUGGCUCCACCUCCCAGAGCGCUGAGAGCAGUCCUGGUUGGAGCUCUGGGUCUCUACUGUUCUGGAACCUUCUGAGUUGAUGGGGCCUUAUAGAGAACAGCCCACUUCUCGAUGACAGGCUGGUGUGAAUGGAAAACAACCCAUUCAACUGCCAAAUACACAACAGCAUAGAAACAUCUUAUUUUCAUCUGUCAUCUGAAACGUUUUGCUUUUUCUUUUAUCGUUUUUUAAAUAUAUUUAUUUUUAACUGAAAGUUCAUUAAUGGAUAUAAUUUGGCUUAUUUCCAUCAAACUUAAAUGUGCAUCCUCAAAUGUUUAUACUGGAAGUUUUAUCAGUGAAUAGUAUUGUAAACUACUGUGAAGUCAGACAUUUUUAUGUCUUUUCCCCAUUAAAAUCCCCCCAAAACUGUA